AGUAGCGAAGUUCACUAUUUCUUUUAGCAUUGUUAAAACUUAAAACAAGGAUCAAGUUUUCAAAUGAUUUCCUGAAGCAGUAUUUUAUGCGAUUUGCCACUGAAAAUCUUCGAUUUUAAGAGGGUGGUCCAGGGGAAAAGAAAAAGAAGAAUCUGCACAGGAAUCGGCUCAUACUCACGCGGGCUCUUGCGGGAGCUGGCGCAGGCACACGGCAGACACACAGGAACAGAGAGAGGGAGAGAGAUAUGAUGGGGAACAGGGGCUCCUCAGCAAUACAGACGCUCUAUGACUUCUGCAAGAAGACUUUCACUCCCACCACCACUCAUGGGUCUCCGGGGGCCAUCCAGAAGUUACGUUCCCUUCUGGAUACAAUUACUCCAACAGAUGUUGGGCUCAAAGAAGAUCUUUCUGACGAUGAGCGUGGGCAUGGCUUCUUUUCUGGGAAUCAUGUUUUAAGAAACCAAUAUUCUCCCAGAAUGGCCCGUUGGGCACAACCUAUUACAUACCUGCACAUACAUGAAUGCAACAACUUCACAAUAGGAAUUUUUUGUCUGCCAACUUCGUCAGUUAUACCUCUCCAUGAUCAUCCAGGGAUGACUGUGCUGAGCAAAAUCCUUUAUGGUUCAAUGCAUGUGAAGGCUUAUGACUGGGUUGAACCUGCGUGCAUCCAGAGGACUGCUGACACUCAAAUUAGACUGGCAAAGUUGAAGGUGGACACUGUUCUCACAGCGCCUUGUGAGACAGCUGUUUUAUUCCCCACAAGUGGAGGUAAUUUACACUGCUUUACAGCAGUUGCUUCAUGUGCAGUACUCGAUGUUCUUGCACCCCCUUAUGCUGAGUCAGCUGGUCGGAGGUGCACUUAUUACCAUGAUCAUCCAUACUCAAGUUUUGGAAGUGGCCUUGAAUUAGAUGAAAGCGAAGAAAACUAUGCGUGGCUUGAGGAGAUUGCUGCACCAGAUGACUUUUACAUUCGAUCUGGAAGAUAUUCUGGUCCAGUUGUUCAAGAUUAGUCACUUUUCUCACAUGAAGGCCAUCCGCUUAACCACAAUUGUACCUGUAACUUCUAGCAACAACAAUUUUUAGCAUUUUUGAGAGAUGUGCAGCCUCCAUAGUGGCAGCAAUAAACUUCAUAUAGUGAAACUUCACUGUUAAUAAGAUGAGUCUUGUGUAAA